ACUCAGGCAUGCACACAAUUUCAUGCGGACACUGGAGGACUAUAAUUUUUUCAGUCCCACUAAAUUCUGUCCGUUCGAAUCCGCCUGUUCGGUAAAAGCGUAAAGUCAUGCUGAUGUCUCUUGGUUUACAGCUAUUUCCAACAGCCUAAAAAAAAGUUGAGGACUGUUAUUUUAAUUAAGCCGUCAUUUCACUGCGCAUAUUUUCACGUCCAUUUUCACAGGAGGAUAUAUAUCCGCAUCCAGUGUGAAAAACUGACAGAAGCUCCUCAUACGGAAAGCAGCGGUUUGGACUUGUGUCUCGAGGCUUUAGUCGCGUGAGGCUCUUUCGCACCUGCCAACGAAAUGUCCGAUGCCGCUGCAAGUUCUGGUGCCCCAGGGGGCCCUGAGGGUGAGGGGGGUGCACCUGCCGCACCUCCUAACCUCAGCAGCAACCGUCGUCUGCAACAGACACAGGCCCAAGUGGAUGAGGUGGUGGAUAUCAUGCGUGUGAAUGUGGACAAGGUUCUAGAGAGAGAUCAGAAGCUUUCAGAGCUCGAUGACCGGGCAGAUGCGCUGCAGGCCGGAGCAUCACAGUUCGAGAGCAGUGCUGCCAAACUGAAAAACAAGUACUGGUGGAAGAAUGCUAAGAUGAUGAUCAUUAUGGGCAUUAUUGGAGUCAUCAUGGUGGGCGUUGUUUUCAUGUACUUCUACUAUUGAGCCUCUCUGGGGACACACAAGGACAGGAGACUCUGGCAGCAGAGCCCAAGCUUUGUGUGAACUCCACCCCUCUUUUCUCCCCACCAAUGCCUUUCAUUUAAUCCUCAGUGUGUGUGUGUGUGCAGUCAUUGACGCAAUGCCUCUCCCUCCCUUUGUCUGUCACUGCAUUUCUUUGUACCUCUCUUGAGUGCUUUUGCAACAGUGCCCGAGCUUUCUCAAAAUCCUUCAGUUUGGAAUAUCUAUGAUGUUAGAUUUGAGAAUGUCUUAGUCUUUUUUGGGCCUAAAAUGAGUGAUGCAAAAAUAUAGAUUUGUAAUGUUUUUAGUCCAAAUUAACCCAUGAUUAACUAAAGAGAAAAAAAUGAAACACAAAGAAUAUUAACAGGAUAUUUCUCCAAAAAAAACAAAAAAGCUACAUCAAUUCUGUCAUCAUUGUUCACUCUCGUGUGGUUCCAAUCUUGUUUUACUUUCUUAAUUUCAUGGAACACAAAAGGCUGAAUGUUAGGGACUGACAGCCGCAGUAAUCAUUCACUUUCACUGCAUCAUUUUUCCAUAAAAUGAAAGUGAAUGAUGAAUGAGGCUAACGUUCUAGCUAACAUCUUUUGUGUUGAAGAGACAAAAGUCAUAUGAGUUUGGAACAACAUAAGGGUGAGUAAAUUAUGACAUUUUUAGGUAUACUAUCCUUUAAAGUUUAUGUUUAGAUAUUGGUCAAGUAACGCAUUUAUGCACAGAUGCCAAAGCAUACCACAUUACUCGUAAAUGAGCAUUGUGGUUCUAUUGUUACAGUGUCUAGGGUUAACAAAUUUCAACUGCAAUAAUAGACAUUCAAGAAAGAGUAAUAUUUUCUUUCUCUUGUUGCGUUCAAAGAUGAGCUUAGUUUCUAGACCUUUCCCAUAUACGUUCCUAUGAACCUGAAAAAACUACAUUAUUUUAGACAGCGGUAGAGACCAGUCACCAGGGUUGGAACUGGUAAUCUGGCAUACCGGGCAUUUUCCCAGUGAGCCUAUGCCCUUUUGGGCCGAUCAGGGGUGGAAUGGCCAUUGGGAGAACCGAGUGGGCCGGUGGCUCGGUCACGAAACGUGCCGAAUGGGCCGUGAUGAGCUGCCGCGUUAUGAAGAAUGGACCCCCAACCAACAGUUCAACAGUUGGGCCAGUUGCCAUUUAAAAUCCCGGGCCGAUUUCUCUUCCCAGUCCAGCCCUGCCAGUCACCAUAAGUAUUAAAUACCUUCGAGUGACAGUGCAAAUCUAGCAUCAGUCAUUUCCUUCCAUAUCAUGAUGAAAAACAUUACAUGGAUGGGAGACUUGUACCAUUCAUUUAGUUUCAGGGUUUAAAGCAUGUUUUAAAAAAUCCAGAUGUUUAGGGAGAAGAUUUGAUGAUGUUUUUGUACUUAGAGGCUGCAGUCGACAUAGAGGAGGGGAAUAUCUGAUCAUAGAUUGGCACUCUCGUUCUUUGAUGCAUUGUUAAAUGGAUAGUUCACCCAAAAUUGAUAAUUCUCUCAUCAUUUACUCACACUUUUGUCGUCUCAAACUCAUAUGACUUCCUUCUGCUGAUACUUUAAUGGAGAUAUGUCUGUUGUAUAUACAAAAAAUGUUAAAGCUCCAAAAACGUCAUAAAGGCAGAACAAAUGUAAUCCAUAAGACUUCAGUAGUUUAAUCCAUGUCUUCUGAAGAAAUCCGAUCUGCUUUGAGUGAGAACAGAGCAAAAUGUAACUCCUUUUUCACUGUAUCUUACCAUUGCAGUCUCUAGGCACGAUCAUGAUUUCAAGCUCGAUUACACUUCCUCGAAGCUUGUGGAGAACACUAGAUGGUACUAGGAAGUGUAAUCGAGCUUGAAAUCAUGAUGGCCAAGGAGAAUGUUGAUGUCAAGGUUUAUAGUGGAAAAGGAGUUAUAUUUUGGUCUGUUCUAACCCAAAGUCGAUUAGAUAGUUUUAGAUUAAGAGUCUCAUGGAUUACCUUUAUUAUGCCUUUAUGUCCUUUUUGGAACUUGAAAAUUUGGUCACCAUUUCCUUGCAUCAUAUGGACAAACAGUCAUCAUAUCUCCAUUAAAAUAUCUUUGUUUGCAUUCCAUAUGAGGAAAAGUCAUACAAGUUUGAGACUGCAUAAGGGUAAAUAAAUAAGAUAAUUAUCAUUUUUGGGUGAACUAAUCCUGUAAUGUCAGCCAAAAGAUCAGUGGAAUCAUGGAGGGAAAACUAGGAUUGAAAUAAAUUCAUAAAUAUAACCGUUAUAUAAUAUCAAGAUUGCAAUGUAUGGUGUAAAAAUGAAUAUACAUUUAAAUGUUAAAGCAGUAGCCACAAUUAAAUGAGUUAAUAAGGCUACUUUGUUUUAAAAUUUGUUUUUUGCUUUAUUUGUAAUGUCCUCACUGUUUUUCCAUGAUGCUUAUUGUAACGUUGUGGUCACACAAAAUACAAUUUUAUACGUUGUGGAUUUAUGCAAUGACAAAUUAAAUAUUUUGUUAUAUUAGUUAGCUUAUAAAUGAACUAAUGUUUAAGUGAUAGUGUUGCAGUUGCUGUAUACACAAUGUAAAACGUAAUGAACUUGAAGGGGGAAAUGGGUAUAAUUAAUGGUAAAAUUUUAAGUUAUCCUGAGUGUAUUAAAGACUUGCACCUACUGACUUCACCGGCACCAUGAAAUGUCUUUGGAAAGACAAAUGGAAAUGUGACUAAAUGUAUUUGUAAAUAUUUAGGAUUAUUAUGGGAGCAGAUUCCUAAUCAGCACUGGAGACAACGUUCAGGGAUGAACCUCUGCAUGUGUUUGUUAAAUAUACAUUAAAUGGGCACCUUAACCAACAUUGUUCUAGUGAAUAUAAGUUUGACAGAUGAGAAAUGUUAGUUUUAGCAUUUUUUGAGUAUUAAGGACAUAUUGUCCAUCACCUAAUAUAAAAAAUGUUCUAUUGAUAUGUAUUCCACAUGGAAUUUAAUGCAAGAUCAUCAAUAUGUGUAUCAGAUCCCAUAGAUUAAGCAUUCAUUCAAAUUGCAAACCUAAUGCAGGGCAGUGAGUGUCAUUUACCCCAAUAAAUUCCAGAGUACAGUGAUUUAUGCAACCUAUUCAUUUGUAAAUAUGUGCUGCAGAGAUGCAUAAAAUAACAGAUCCUGUCCCUGAGCAUUUGAAGCCAAGCUGCUAACUUCUGUGGUUCAUUUAAAGCAUGUCUGCUUGCCCACCAUGUGCUGAUUCUAAUAAAGUAUUAAUGCUG